AUUUUUGUUAGAAAAUUUUAAUAAAUUAAUUUAUAAAUUAUUUCUAUUUGACUUUGUAUAUAUUUUUGGUGGAAAGCUUUUUGAACUGUUUUAUAACCAUGGAUGCAGAAGUAUGCCAUUUGUUACAGAUGUGGGGCCUAGGGAACUACAUAAAUCUUUUUAGACAAAAUUCAAUAACAUCCAGUUCUAUGGCAUUACUAGGACCAGCUGAAAUAAGGGAACUUUUCCCAAAUAUAGGCCACCGAACAAUUUUUACCCGUAAUCUGGAGGAAUAUAGAACAAGAUAUCAUCCACAAAUUUUGACUUAUGCUACUGGUGAUGUAUAUAUUAACAGCUAUCCAGCUCCAGAAGUUUCUUCUUAUUUGUCUUUAAACUACGAAGAUACAGAUUUGUUUUUUUAAGUUGCCAAAAUAAUGUAAUUUUCAGUCAAUGACUCAAAACCAAUAACCAAAUUGUUUAAUAUAACUUUAAUUUCGAAGA